CUCAUUAGCAUACGUGACAUCACAGGGCCGGGUUAAAUAAGAGGGGGGCUCGGAUCCUGGCUCAGGACCAGUCUGUCUUGGGACUUCAGCUUCUCGCCUCCUUUCUUUCCGCUCCUCCAGCUCCUACUCUGCAAAAAUGACUGAGUUCUCACCGGAAGAGGUUGCUGACUUCAAGGAGUCCUUUGGUCUCUUCGACAGAAUUGGUGACAGCCAGGUGGCCUUCAACCAGGUGCCCGACAUCAUGCGCGCCCUGGGCCAGAACCCCACCAACAAGGACGUCAUCAAAAUCCUGGGCAACCCCUCCGCUGACGACAUGGCCAACAAGAGGCUCAGCUUCGAUGACUUCAUGCCCAUGCUCAAACUGGUCGACGCCCUCCCCAAGGGAAGCUACGACGACUACGUUGAGGGUCUGCGCGUCUUCGACAAGGAGGGCAACGGCACAGUCAUGGGCGCUGAGCUGCGCAUCGUGCUGUCCACUCUGGGAGAGAAGAUGACCGAGCCCGAGAUCGACUCCCUCAUGACCGGCCAGGAGGACGAGAACGGCAGCGUGCACUAUGAGGCUUUCGUCAAGCACAUCAUGUCUGUGUAAGAGGCCGGCAGCGGGAGUGCUGAAGAAGCUGUAGCUCGCUACAGACAGCCCACAGUGUCCCGGACAUCCACACUGUUUCAAAGACCAACCAAGGAAAGACAAGGACUAUGUACAAGGGAUGUUGAAGCAAACCCAUCUUGUUAAUUUUGUUUUCCUGUAAACUUCGUCUCAAGCCCUCCUUCUCUCGGGACGUGACCACCACCACCACCUCUCCGCUGAGCCCCCCCACCCCCACCUGGCUUCUCCUCCCCCCCAGGGCGCGUCUCCACUCUCUGCAUGGGGUGAGGAACGGGGGAGAAGGGGUGACCGCUCAUCAAGUGAGGGUAGAUCCCUCCCUUCCCACCGCCACCUCAUUCAGUCACGCCACCACUGGCCCAGCAAAACCUAAGGUGCUGGAGAACGGGCGUGGAACGACCGCCAAAAGUCCCCCGAAAAGUUUUCUUUAUUUCCACUCUGUUCAUGUCAGAAUAAACUUUUCCAACGUACAUCCCAUCUGGGUUGACUCUUGAUCUCUCAUUGACCUCCAGCCAAAAACCAAAGAGCACACUCAGCCUCUUGGGAAAUGAACAAUUCAUAAAUAUUAAAACAUGUUGAGUAAAGUGGA